AUGGAGAUCACUGCCGUAGUUGUGCUGCUUCUGGCUGUGGUACACUCUUGUGCAAAGCCUUUGCCUACUGAGGAGACAGACAAGCGGCUAUUAGCAGAGCAAUAUCUCAAGCGGUACUAUGGCAUGCAAGCUGGUCUCCAAGGAAAAACCAAGACAUCGGAUGUGAUGCAUGAGAAGAUCCGUGAGAUGCAAUCAUUCUUCAGGCUUGAGGUGACUGGACAGCUGGACGACAACACACUGGAGCUCAUGAAAAAGGCCAGAUGUGGUGUGCCUGAUGCAGCAGAAUACAACCACUUCCCCAGGGACCUCAAAUGGCAAAACAGCAUCAUCACGUUCAGGAUAACGAACUACACCCCAGAUCUGGAGAAGGAAGAUGUGGACCAAGCUGUCCACAACGCCUUGAAUGUCUGGAGUAAAGUGACCCCUCUGAAAUUUAAGAAGCUACGCGAAGGAGACGCGGACAUCAUGAUCAGCUUUGGAAGGAAAGAACAUGGAGAUUUCAAUCCAUUUGAUGGUCCAGAGGGGCUGCUUGCCCACGCCUAUCCUCCAGGAAACGGCAUUGGUGGUGACACACACUUCGAUGAGGACGAAACAUGGACAAAAGACUCACAUGCAUUCAACCUGUUCUUAGUUGCGGCUCAUGAAUUCGGUCAUGCCCUUGGGAUGGCUCAUUCUUCUGAUCCCGGGGCACUGAUGUACCCAGUAUACUCAUACAGCCGUGGUUUCCCUCUGUCUGAAGACGACAUCAAAGGCAUACAAUCCCUCUAUGGUCUUAACCCCGAUCACAGGAAAGUCAAACCCAAGCCUGAGGCACCAAACAAAUGUGACCCCAUGCUAACCAUUGACGCUGUGACAGAACUCCGUGGAGAAACCAUCAUUUUCAAAGACAGCUUUUACUGGCGGCUGCAUCCGCAGGUUGUGGAGCCAGAGCAAAACCUCAUUAAAUCCACAUGGCCAGAAAUCCCAGGCAAAGUGGAUGCAGCUUAUGAGAACCCAGAGAAAGAUGUGGUCAUCAUAUUCCGUGGAAUCAAAAUGUGGGCUCUCAAUGGUUACAAUGUGGUGGAAGGAUACCCAAAAUACAUCCACAAGUUGGGCCUUCCCAAAUCCAUCCGCAAAAUAGAUGCUGCAGUAUACAUCAGAGACACAGGCAAGACUCUGCUCUUCACAGAUGAGGACUACUGGAGUUACAAUGAACAGAGAGGUGCAAUGGAUAGCGGAUACCCAAGAUCCAUUGAAGUCGACUUCCCUGGGAUAGGGGAUGAAAUAGAUGCUGCUGCCUACCACUACGGAUACUUGUACUUGUACCACGAUCAAGUGCAGUUCGAGUACAACUACAGUGCACAGAAAGUCAUUCGCAUCAUGAGAGCAAAUUCUCUGCUGAACUGCUAAGAUCCAGCAACAUGGAUGACUUGAAACAAUAGCUACCUAACAUUUGAGAAACUCCAACAACAGGAGGUGACAGAUUUUUUUUUUUUUUGCAAAUGUUUGAUGCCUGGGCUG